AUGGAUCUCCGCACGUACGUGGCCGACCACUUGUUGAAGCUGGUCGGCGGCAGCGAGACCAUGAUGGUCGACUUCGUUGUCAGCACCGCCCAAUCAGCGAAAUCGCCUGGAGCUCUGCUGGACAAGCUAUCAGCUAUGCUGGAUUCCGAUGAGACAGAUCUGAAGAGCUUCAGUGACUCGUUGUAUGCGCGAGUCGCGAAGCCGGCUCUGAAUGGAAGCAGCACCACAAAGAGAGAUAAGCCGAAGGAGGCCAAGAAAAAGUAUGCUCUUGUGGAGAUGGACGUGGAGGAGGAAGCGCCUCCAUCUCGCGAAGAUAAACGAAGAGACGACGACAAGGAGAGAAGAUCGAGGCACGGAUUAGACGGAGAGAGACGACGAUCGAGGAGCCGGGAGAGACAUGGCAAAAAGCUUCGGAGAAGAGACAACGACGAUUUUGACGACAGAUGGGGCGAUCAGGAGGAUGACGAGGAAGACGAAUUUCCAUCACCACCGGCCAAACGUACAAGAUUGGACAAUGGCUCAGCUUCCCCAAGACGCGAGGCCUCUGAUCGCGAACCGGAGGAGGAUGAAGAGGAGCGGGAUCGCAAAGAGCGCAAAGCAUUUGAAGAGCGUCUGAAGAGCAAGGAUAAGGAUUCCACGAAGAAUUUGACCGAGGACCGUUCUUCGCGGCGGGAAGAGGAGGACGCAAAACGCCGAGCUCAGGCUGGUAAAUUGUCCGAGCAAGAGAUGAAGGCUCUGAGGUUGCGGUCGCGACAGGAUUACUUGAAAAAGCGCUCAGCCCAGGAACUGGCAUUGUUGCGCAAACAAGUGGCAGACGAGGCUGAGGAGGAGCGCAACAACCCAAGCCUGACUCAAGUAGAGAAAGAUGAGUUCGCUCGAAAUCGAGAAGCGCUGCGUCUCGCAGAAGAACGUGAGGGAAUCGAUGACCAUUUCGAUGGCUAUGCAAUGCCAGAGGACUACAUCACGGAAAAGGGCAAAAUGGACGUGAAGAGGAAACAGGAUGCGCUGUAUAGCCGCUACGUGGAUCGAGAUCAACAGGGCCGUGAGCGAUAUGUGACGGAGCAUGAGGAAUGGGAACGGGAACAGCUCGAGAAGACAAAAGCGCAGAUUAUCGUUACCGAUCGCGUCAACGAAGGGGAUUACGAAUAUGUCUUCGACGAAGAACAACAGCUAAAGUGGGUUACCGAUCAAGCAAUGAAGGGCGGGAUGAGCCAGAUGCAGAGCCAGGAGGAACGACUCAUGGCGCAGCAACUUCUGGCCGCAGAAAGGAAAGCGAAGACGAUUGAGGAGAAGCGAAAGACUCUGCCUGUGUACCAAUAUCGACAGACUUUUCUGGACGCUGUCAGAGAGUACCAGAUCUUGAUCGUGGUUGGAGAAACUGGUAGUGGCAAGACGACUCAGCUCCCACAGUAUCUCUACGAGGAUGGCUACUGUAAAGAUGGCAAGAAGGUUGGCUGCACACAGCCGCGGCGUGUUGCAGCUAUGAGUGUUGCAACGCGUGUUGCUGAGGAAAUAGGAGUAAAAGUCGGCAAUGAGGUUGGGUACGCAAUCCGUUUCGAAGACGCGACUUCGGACAAGACGGCUUUGAAGUAUAUGACGGACGGCAUGCUGCUUCGUGAAUUCUUGACCGAGCCCGAUUUGGGAGGAUAUAGCUGCCUGAUGAUCGACGAGGCGCACGAGCGCACCCUGCAUACUGACAUCCUGUUCGGCCUGGUCAAAGACAUUGCGCGUGGACGUCCAGAUCUCAAGCUGCUCAUUUCUUCAGCAACACUUGAUGCACAGAAGUUCAGCGAGUUCUUCGACGACGCACCGAUUCUAAACAUUCCCGGACGCACGUACGAUGUCGAAAUGAACUACUCGCUGCAGCCAGAAGCGAACUACCUUUCCGCAGCCAUUACCACGGUCUUCCAAAUUCAUUUGUCCCAGCCAAUGCCCGGAGAUAUUCUGGUCUUCUUGACUGGUCAAGACGAGAUCGAGCAGGCAGAGCAGUCACUACAAGAGACAGCCCGAAAGCUGGGCAGCGCAGCACCCGAGCUGAUGAUCUGCCCCAUCUACGCCAAUUUGCCGACUGAUCUCCAGCAAAAGAUCUUCGAUCCAACUCCACCCAAAGUUCGCAAGGUAGUGUUGGCUACCAAUAUCGCUGAGACGAGUUUGACGAUCGACAACAUCGUCUAUGUGAUUGAUCCUGGAUAUGUCAAGGAGAACAGGUACACACCUGCAACAAACAUGGAAUCUCUUGUGGCGGUCCCGAUUUCACGUGCUUCUGCAAACCAGAGAGCCGGUCGAGCUGGACGUACUGGACCUGGCAAAUGCUUCAGACUGUACACCAAGUGGGCGUAUUACAACGACUUGCCAGAGAACACCACGCCUGAAAUCCAAAGAACCAAUCUCAACAGCAUUGUGCUCUUGCUGAAGUCCCUUGGUAUUAACGAUCUCAUCAAUUUUGACUUCAUGGAUCCGCCAGCUCCAGACAUGCUUAUUCGCUCCCUUGAACAGCUCUAUGCGCUCGGCGCUCUGAACGACAAAGGCGAACUCACGAAGGUCGGCCGUCAAAUGGCCGAGUUUCCGACAGAUCCCAUGCUCGCUAAAGCCGUGCUGGCCGCGGACAAGGAAGGCUGCGUCGAAGAAGUUCUCUCCACAAUCGCCAUGCUUGGAGAAGCUAGUGCUCUGUUCUAUCGCCCGAAAGACAAGAAAUUACAAGCCGAUGCUGCACGAGCACGCUUCACGGUCAAAGAAGGAGGCGAUCAUCUUACCUAUCUCAAUAUCUGGAAUCAAUGGGUCGACAGCGACUUCUCCUACGUCUGGGCACGCGAGAACUUCCUCCAACAACGCUCCCUCACCCGCGCCCGAGAUGUACGAGAUCAACUUGUCAAGCUCUGCGAUCGCGUGGAAGUCACGCUUUCGACCUGCGGAAGCUCCAAUAUCCAGCCGGUUCAAAAAGCCAUCACAGCAGGCUUCUUCCCGAAUGCUGCAAGACUGCAGAGGGGAGGCGAUAGCUACCGGACAGUCAAGAAUAACAUGACGGUACACAUCCAUCCAAGUAGCGUGCUGAUGGAUGUGCGGCCGAAGUGGGUGAUAUUCUAUGAAUUAGUGUUGACUUCGAAGGAGUUCAUGAGGAGUAUCGUGCCGCUUCAGCCGGAGUGGUUGACGGAGGUUGCGCCGCAUUAUUAUAAGCCGAAGGAUGUCGAGGCUCUCGGGGUGGAUAGGAAGAUGCCGAAGAUAUAG